AUGAGAACUAUCGUCCUCCUCCGCGCGCUUCUGCUUUUGGUGGUGGGUGCGCCCAAAACAUUGCCGUCGUUGCUCAUGCAACAUGAGGGCGACUUCAUCGGCGAGAUUCCAACGAUGGCCGAUGAUGAGUGCCCCGUUCGAUACCGUCGACCGGGAGCGAGGUUUGGUCCCCGCGGCAUCCGAUCAGGUUCCUGGCGCAUCAAGCCGGAAAGCGCGUGGAGUGUCUACACAGGUGAAAACGUCUUCAAAAGCGGAGCGAAGAUUGUCGAUUGUGGAGACGUGCCGAUGACAUGGCUUGACAAUACAGUCGCCCUUCGGCAGCUAGAGACGGCCCACAAUAUUGUUGUGGGGCGAAAGCCAGUGUCGGAACGCCUGUCUUCCAUUCCACGAGUCAUCACGCUGGGUGGAGACCACACGACCACCCUAUCUGCGUUGAGGGCCGCGUUCAAGAGAUGGGGCAAGUUUUCCGUGAUCCACUUUGAUGCUCACAUUGACACAUGGGAGCCGAAUGUUUUAGGUGGUGACAUAUCAGACUACGCGGGGCUGAACCAUGGAACUUUCCUUCACAUUGCUCACGAGGAGGGUUUGAUCUCAAACACCAGCAUCCAUGCGGGCAUAAGAGGCGCCCUGACGAGGCCCACCGAAGACUCAAAGAAUGAUCUUCGAUGCGGCUUUGCAUCUAUCACUGCCCGAGCACUAGAUCGACUCGGAAUCGACGGUGUUGUCGAACAGCUCAAAGGCAGGGUCGGAGAUUCAAAUGUAUACAUAAGUGUCGACAUCGACGUCCUUGAUCCCGCAUUUGCACCAGCUACUGGUACUGCUGAACCCGGCGGUUGGACCACCAGGGAGCUUUUAAGUAUAAUCGACUCACUCGCCGGGCUGAAAGUUAUAGGCGCCGACGUCGUGGAGGUUGCGCCUGUGUAUGACAAUGUUGGAGAAACGACCAGUCUGACCGCUGCUGAGAUAGUGCAAUCACUCUUGUACCUCAUGUUGAAAUCCCCAUUUUCUUAG